UCAAAUGCAAAUUAUAAAAUUUCUCUCUUUCUGUCUCUUCUCACUGUCUCGGAUCUCUCUCGCGAUCAGGGAUAUCAAUCAAUCAAUCACUCAGUCAAUCAACCAAACCAAUCAAUCAGUUUCGAGUACAGGGAAGUACGUGCCCGCCCCCUCUUCCUAAAGAAAACAACAUGAUGUGAAAAGAAGUUUAAAAAAAAGAAAAGAGGAGAAAGGCCUGCCACCGUAGCCUUCCCCGUCUUCGCGGAUAAACCAAAAAAAGAAAUGACGGAACCAACAAAUGUCCGGUCCAGCAUACACAACCAGACAAACAGAUGGCCAUCCGAAUCAACCCAACCCGACCUAACCUGUCCCAACCUAACCUGACCGUAAACCCGAACCAUCUUCACCAGUUCCACACUGACCCAGACACACAGAAGACAGAAUACACUAGGAAAAGCGCUUUCAUGCUUUUUUU